CCUGAUGGCCACGGUCCUUCUGAUGUUAGUGAACCAUAUGUAGGAUUGCUAACUCAUUACAUUAAAUCUGAAUGUGCCAAAAAUCAAUAGGUAUCACUUUUCAUGCUUGGGGUGAAUCAUGCCAACUGAUUAACCUUUCUAGAUCAAGCUGUCUUUACCAGGUGCAACUAAGGAAGCUAAGUGAAUAGCUGGCAACCUUGAUUGUGUGCCAUGAUAGGAUUCUUCUUUAUUGGAAGAAGGCUGAACUGUGCUCAUGAAAGAGAUGGAAAUUACACAGAAGCAACCAAUGGACCGGACAGGAAGAUGAAAGCAGCGAAAGGAAGCAUGCAGCCUGUGUGGCCACCAGAGGUUGCUCUACAUCUCCAGCUGGUGGAUUUGGUACUAUUCGCCUUUUGUACCUUGGCCAGAAAAUUCCAUUUGAAAAUUUCUCUUUAAAACUUGGACUAUGAAGGAAGGAAAAUGUCUCUACGUAAUUCUGGUGAUGGCUAUAUACUGGUGUACAGAAGCCCUACCAUUGUCUGUGACUGCUCUUCUUCCCAUAGUUCUCUUCCCUUUCCUUGGUGUUCUCCCAGCCAGCAAAGUUUGCCCCCAGUAUUUUUUAGACACCAACUUCCUCUUCCUGAGUGGUUUAAUCAUGGCAGCUGCCAUCGAAGAAUGGAAUCUGCAUCGCAGGAUUGCACUGAGGAUCCUUAUGCUGGUGGGAGUCCAGCCAGCCAGGCUCAUUUUAGGAAUGAUGCUGACCACUUCCUUUCUGUCCAUGUGGCUAAGUAAUACAGCCUCUACUGCCAUGAUGUUACCAAUUGCAACUGCUGUUCUGAAAAGUCUUUUUGGAGAUGAAGGAACAUCUAGGAAUCACAACAGGGACAAGGAAGAAAACCAAGCUUCUGUACUCCAGAACAAAUUGCAUGUAGUGCCAACAGAGACGCAGCUUCUAGCAAGUACUGAUGAGAAAGACUUGACUGAGGAGAAGGAAGUCACAAUAGAAGUUUCUACAGAUGUAAGGAAGGAGGAGGAAUUCAAGACAAAUGUUUGGAAAGGCUUCCUCAUCUCGAUCCCUUAUGCGGCCAGCAUUGGUGGUACAGCAACACUAACUGGAACUGCACCAAAUCUCAUUCUUUCGGGACAGCUGAAGAGCUUUUUUCCAGGAUGCGAUGUUGUGAAUUUUGGCUCUUGGUUCGUAUUUGCGUUUCCCCUGAUGCUGCUUUUCCUUUUUCUCGGAUGGCUGUGGAUCUCCUUCCUUUAUGGAUGCAUUAGCUUAAGGGGCUGGAGAAAGAAGAAAUCGGAUAUACGAGCUGAUGCAGAAGCAAGAGCCAGAGCAGUAAUAACAGAGGAUUACCAGAAACUGGGACCUAUCAAGUUUGCUGAACAGGCUGUAUUUGUUCUCUUCUGCUUAUUUGCUAUCCUGUUAUUCUCCAGGGAUCCUAAAUUCAUCACAGGUUGGGCAAGCUUAUUUUCACCAGGGUUUGUCACAGAUGCAGUUACUGGAGUCACAAUAGUGACAAUAUUGUUCUUCUUUCCUUCAAAAAAGCCAUCCCUUAAAUGGUGGUUUGACCUAAAAGCGCCAAACACUGAGAAUGAACCCUUGCUAUCGUGGAGAAAAGCCCAGGAAAGCGUCCCUUGGAAUAUUAUCAUCUUGCUUGGAGGAGGCUUUGCUAUGGCCAAAGGAUGUGAGGAGUCAGGCUUGUCUGUCUGGAUUGGAGGUCGGCUUGAUCCUUUGGAGAACCUCCCUCCUCCUCUGGCGGUUAUUCUCAUCACAAUCGUGAUUGCGAUGUUCACAGAAUUCGCCAGCAACACAGCCACAAUCAUCAUCUUCCUGCCUGUUCUGGCAGAACUGGCUAUCCGUUUGAAAGUGCAUCCUCUCUACCUAAUGAUACCAGGGACUAUAGGAUGUUCAUUUGCUUUCAUGCUUCCAGUCUCCACACCCCCAAAUUCAAUUGCCUUUGCUUCUGGGCACUUGCUGGUCAAAGAUAUGGCAAGAACUGGUCUGCUUAUGAAUCUGAUGGGAGUUAUGCUUCUGAGCCUGGCCAUCAACACUUGGGCCACAAGCAUCUUUCAGUUGGGCACCUAUCCUGCCUGGGCCAACAUCCAUUCAGAAAAUACAACUGCUCUGCAGAUGGAUGUGCAGAACAUCACAUUGAACUCAUUGAGUAAAUUAUGAAUGUUGCAACCUUGUUUGAGCAGGGGGGAAAUCCUCUGUUCAGAUUGUGCACUGAAUUAAAUCAGCAUCCACUACAAGUAUGAACAGGUGGCAGUGCAGUUGAUACCCUCCCGACCCAGGACUGCCCUGUUAUUUUAUGUUUUGUUUAUAAAUAUUGGUUUCUCAGAAGACUUUCUCCACCUCUGUGCAGAAUCCCAUCAAGCAGUACUAGGUAGGGUUAGUCUUUCAUUGUUUGGAGACUGACAGGUCUUUCUCCAUCUCUUCUCUUGUAGAACUAAAGGGAACUCUUUUCCUUUUUUGACUAAGGGGAAAUCAUCUAAUCACCAUCUAGCCACUCAUGUGGCUAACUGAAAAGAGAAGCAUAGAGCAAGUGAAACAACAAACUAACUUCUUUUGGACAGGAGAACCAUUUAAAUAUUGCAUAUUGCAUAUUCUUUACCAGUCUAUGAAGCAAAAAUAAAAAGAGAUCUUUUGAUCUCCUUUAUCCUGGGGGAUGACUAUUUGGCUGCAUCAGUUGCUCUUUGGGUGGAAGAGCCUGGAACAAUUGUGUUGAUGAAAUUACAAAGCCUUGCCCCGAAAGAUAGCCAGCAGCUGAAGAUUUUGAAAUCCACUGGAGAUAAAAGUAGAGGACUGAGGGUGGAGAUACAGAAAUAAGACUAUGAUAAUUAGAAAAGUAAAACAUUUAUCCCUGUCUUGUAAAUGCAAGCAUAGAAUUUAAGAAUGUAAGAACAACAUUCCAGUAUUCAGAAAGCUGGGGAUGAAUUUGGAGAGCGCAGCAACUGGGCACCCAAUUUGAUUGAAAAAAGAUGGCAGUUAGUGGCCAAAGGAUUCUUGGUACCUCUCAGACCACACUGUCAUUUCUUGUUGCAGAGUUUGAUGACAUUUUUCAGCUGUUACUCCUUUUUCAGUAGACUCCCCCAUAAGAUUAGACUAGCAGGGUCAGGCCACGUGAGUGCUCUUAGCUCACUGUCUUUCACAUUUGUGCUUUACUUCCACAAAAUAAAUUUUAUGCAUUUUCCUUAAAUACACGUACUUCCUUUCCCAGAAAUUACAUGGCUAGGCAUUUUAAUUCUACAUGUACUAAGCAUUAAUUAAUAUUCUUAAUAACUGAAUGCUUACUAUUGUACCAGAUACUUAUUGACCCUGCCUUGCUUUAAAAAAAUGGUGUAACGGGCUAAGAAGAAGGGAGAACGGAGAGAGAAUCCUUGAUACCGAAUUGUGGCACAAUCCUGUAUUUGGCAUAGGCUGCCUGUUAAAGAAGAAAUGCCUAAGGGUGCAGUCUUAUGCAAGUUAGACAAAAUUAUGUAAAUUCACAGAUUAGAAAUGACAAAGGAAAAGGAUUUUAAUGCAGGAGUUGGGGCGGGACAAUGCCCUGAAAGAGGAACGAGAAUGCCUACAAGUCUAGGCGAAUCAUGCAAAAUCUUGUACCCUUUCAAUAAAGUAUAACACUUUGAUCAUUAAGUCCAGGAAAGGGCAUGUAAACAAUGACUGACCAUAAGAAGCAAUGUGAACUGUAAACCCUCCUUCUGAAUAUAGCAGCAGCAGUGGAUUGUGUGAAAAGUGGCAGUUUUGGUACAUUUUUCAGACCUGUGUUAUAGCCCUCCAGAUCCCAUCUAUUAUCCAGAUGACAUUUCUUCUGUUUGUCCUGCCAUAUUUCUAGUGAUGGUAUCCUGACUAUCUACACACAGUGCUGCCAUUUCUAAUGAAAUGUUGGAAGGUGCUUUAUGCCAUUGGAGGUCCAUCUUGUGGUUAUUUGAGGCCCACACAAAAAGCUAUCAAAUCAAAGCAGGUAAAUUCCUAUCCUGGUAAGCAGAGUGAGGUCACUGUGGACAAGAUCCAGUUAAUGAGAUAUAAUCCAAUGUAAAUAGAAAAGUCAAGGCAGAAGAAAGCAGGGCUAUGGAUAGCUUUCUGGAGCCCUGCUUGGUGGACCGAUCCACUAGGACUGUAGGAGGAAGCUGUCCCAGUAGGAAGUGAAGCCAAUUUAAGGCUUAUGUAGUCUGGAAAGACGUGUGAUGUUGUCAGCUCUGUUUCUCCUGGAGAAGCCAACUGGGCUGAUUUUGUAACCUGAGACUUCUGCAAGGCUAGGGAGAUGGUGUUUCUUCUGGGCACUCAUUCUCUGAGCACAGGAUGAUGGCAGGGCUUGUUUGUGUGCGAGGGCUAGCCCUGGAUAAUCCACUAACUGCUUAGCCCCCAGGAAGUAGCCUGUGCCUUACCUUGAGUUUCAUACUGGACAGAGGGCCGGGGUUUUGACAUACCUAGCUCUAUAUUGUCCCAUCCAGCUGGCUGUGGAUCUCAAAGAUUUUAAACUGGAUCUUUUUCACUCCUUCCUGGAUAUGCUAGAGAAUGAACCUGGAAUUGAACUUUGGCAUGAAAAGUGUGCGUUCUACCUGUGGCCUACAGUCCUUGUUUGGUGCUCAGUAUUGGCAUGUUUAUCAGGAUCAGACCCAGGUAGAAGUAAUCUUUAGAUGCCAGGAUUUGGAAAAAUGUGUGGGCAUUAUAUGUGAUCAUGACACUUGACAUGAAGAUUAUUCAAAGGCUUGUGAAAGACAAAUUACCAUAGUACUUUAGUAUGAAAUGUGGUGCUUUCCUCUACCACAUGGUAUUUUACAAAGUUUGGGUGUUGCCAGUUAUGUCCACCAGUUGUAAAAUCUGGCAUUGACUUGCAGAUAAAGCAUUAGACUGGUUUUAUUCUUGCUCAGCAACUAAUUCACAAGACGAAUGCAUACAAUUAAAUGUUUUAAGCAUGGUUCCGGAAGAUACUUCCCCCACACUGUGACCUAGGUUUCAAAACUUGCUUUAUUUUAAACGUGGUAUGUAAUUGUUUAUACCUAUCUAUACUCAGAACUUACAAACGUUUUGCAAAAGCACAUGAGAUACAGUGGUAACAGAUGAGUUUGCCAAACUCAAAACUGAAUCAAACUGGAAACAAAAACCUGGUUUUAUUACCUUGGGGCAGAAAAAUACACCUACAUUCAUCACAGGAGGGAACUUUCAAACCAGCUUCACGACACUUAAAUGUUACAGUGGUCUUCACUCCUAAGGCAUGUCGCUGCCUCACAGUCACAUUUCAGAUGGGGAUAAUGGUGACCUAUUCUACUUCCUAAGUGAUAAAUUUACUACAUUCAGUUCCUGCUGCUAACUAGAGAAUUGUGGAAAGGUAGUGCAAUGACCUAUGUUGACCGAAGAUCUCUUUAAAAGUCUGUGCUUUUGCGAUAAAGGUGGCCACCAGAGACAUGCUGCUUUAGUGGGCAUUGUGGAGGAUUAUUUGUGUUCAGGUAUUGAUGGGAGAUUUUUGAUCUCUAUAUAUAAAAUUGAUUAGCUGGGUACUUUCAAUGAAAGUGUCUGUAAAUGGACAGUGAUCCAUUGUAAUCCAGAUUUUACAAUUGCUGUUGUAAUCCAGAUUUUAUAUUAUGUAUUGAAUGUUUGCAGAAGGACUGGACAAAGCAGUUGAAAAUUGGUGCUGAAUGCAUGUUUUGGAAGACAUGACAAUGGAAGUUGUGCUGAGCAUGGGAAGGAGACUUGAGAGUGAAUUCUUGCGAUGAUGUAGAGGAGAGUGACUUUGUAAUUCUGUGUUAUUGUGCCUUAUUUAGGAUCUGUUCCUGGAAUAUACUUGGUGAAUACAACCAUUAGACCCACUUCUCCCUCUUUCUUUUUACCGUAGCUGUGGUUGAUGUAAACAUUGCAUCAUAGAUGCGAGGGUAAGCCAGAGGUCAAGCUGAAAGCACCAGAUCAGUCUCUAUGCCAAAGUCUCAUGAUUAUGAGGACUUAAAAUAAUGCCCUCUUUACCCUACUGCACUGUUGUGUUCUGCAUUUGUGAGUCACAGAGAAGGACAGUACUUACAUCUCUUUUCUUGGUAACCAUCUGUUAAGCUCAUGUAAAGUUUCCAUAGCAUCAAAUCAGAGGCAUAAGUUCAUUGGUGUAACAGACACUGAAUCAUAAUCCAUUCCCAUUGGCAAACCUAAGCUACAAUCCUAUGCACUUUACGCGUACUUCUUAUCAUCUUCUGAAUAAAAAUGAUGAUAAUUGACAAAACAUUGAAGCCAUUUGGGAAUUCUGAGUGACAGGGUAAACAAUUUAUUUUAAAUUGUUUACACCCCAGCUUUUCUCCUAGGAAUUCAGGGUGGUUAAUAACUAAAUUAAUAAUUGUUUUUUAAAACUCAAAGCAAAACCCAGAAAUAAGUUCAAAACAACAAGUGGAAAAUCACAUGCCACAUGCCUUCCUAAACAAAGAAUAGUCUUCAGCAGCUUGUAGAAGGCCAUCAAUGAGGAAAAGAUUGAUUCCUUGGAAGUGAUUUUAAAAGCCUUUCAAGGGAAACCCAUCUCAUUUAGGACCAGUUACUGGAACCCCUGCUCUUUGUAGGGUGGCCACUUCAUAUACCCAGUCUGUGAUUUGCAUUGAAGAGCAGCCCGAUUACAGAAGUUUAGGCUGAUGCAGCUUUUCCAGAUAUAGAGGCAAGUGGAGGAAAAGAACCUGUUGAAUUUUUGGGGCAUCAAGUUGUGAUUAAAAGCAUGCGCAUGGUCAGUAAAAAAAGUGGGGGAGGCAAUUUUGUUCCUCCUCCUCAGCCCACAAACACUGCUCUUCUUUCAGCAGUCUUGCACCUAUUGUUGCAUAAAGACUGUUAGAGUUUGGUUUAAGAAAUCCAGUGCAGGCACAAAAGUGAAACAGAUACUGAAGCAGCAGCGCAGUAGCUAUUGGUGGCACUGCUUGGGGGAAUUCUUUCUGGCCUCUGCAGGACAGCAUUAAGGAAUUAAUAUUGUUGCGAGUAUUUUUAAUAUACUAUACAGGGAGUUAGUACAGGUAGUUCAUAUUGUUACAAUUGGGACAACUGGUGCUGUGAGCUUCCUGGACACAAAUUGCACAUCCUUGAACUUAACCUGAUGCCUGCCACUGUCACUAUGUUUAAUUCCUGAUUGGGAAUAUUUUGUUUCAUUUUUUUAAAAGGUUGGAUUGUUACUCAU